AUGUUGCACGAGCUAGGUCAGUGGCAACGACGUACGGAUCGGUCGAUGCCCAUGGACGACAUGGACGACUCUCGCCUGUUCAUGCAGUGGGCGAUGAGCACACUGGAGCAGCAGGAUCCAGGAGGAGCCGACGGUGGCAGCCAGAAGAGCGCCGGCUUCUCGUGUCUCCAGGAGCUCCGCGAUUCCUCGGAGCUGACAGAAGCACAGAACAGUCUGAGCUCCGGCGACGACACGGGCGGCGGUGGAGGAAUCAUCAGCCCAGCCCCUGAUGCGGCUGUGCACGAAGGCAGCUGGUCCACGGCGUCCCCGACCUCGGGCGGGCCGUUCGCGCCCAGCAGCAUGAGCUGGAAUUUUGGCGCUGUCUUGCCGCCGCAGCCGGCUGGCAGCGGGGGCGGGGGCACGCGAGCGCCGCUUCUUUCCGGCGUGUCACAGCCGACGAGGAGGGCCUCCACAAAGGGCCCGCCACACGCGCAAGACCACGUCAUGGCGGAGCGGAAGCGCCGGGAGAAGAUCAACCAGCGCUUCAUCGAGCUCUCCGCUCUCAUUCCCGGCCUCAAGAUGGACAAGGGGACGAUUCUUACGGAGGCGACGAGAUACGUGAAGGAGCUCCAAGAGAGGGUGAGGUCACUAGAGGCUGCCGGCGGCAACCAUAGGAGCGUCGAGACCGUGGUGCUCGUCAGGAAGCCGUGCCGCCCUGUCGCGCCAGACGACGGCGAGGGCUCCGCGCGGUUCCUCUUGGCGGCCGGGACGCCAGCUACUGGAAACAAGCUGCCGGAGAUCGAGGCAAAGCUCUCGGAGGACAACGUCAUGGUGAGGAUCCACUGUGAAAUGAAUGGAAAGGGUCUGGUCGCCAGGGUUCUCACGGAGGUCGAGGAGCUCCACCUCCGCAUCGUCCACAACGAUGUGAUGCCGUUCACGGCGUCCACCGUGAUCAUAACCACCAUGGCAAAGGUGGAAGAGGGCUUUACCGUCAACACAGAGGAGAUUGUAGGAAGACUCAACUCUGCACUGUACCAACAUAGCAUCAACAAUAUUAAGACUUGA